UCAAAGGUUGGAUAACCAGUCAUCAAUCAUCGCAUCAUCUUCACAAUCUUCACAAUCAUCUUCAUCUUCAGCAGUGCACCGAUCGAGAAGGAGGAGGGAGAGUGGCUGAGAGACGGAGGCUGGCUUCACCGCGGAGAUACCUCGUAGCUUGAGUGUAGUAAAGUGCCUUGGCUUACUGGUCCGCGCGAUGACAGUGCGAUGGUGUGCGUCCGAGAUGCUCUAUGUGCAGAGAUCUUGACUUUGAUUGCGUGUAUCAGCAGUCGGCAUCGUCGGCAAACACUAUAGUAAGCAAGGACUAUAUCGGCCGCCUCGAGACUCGCCUGCUCGCCGUUGAAAACCUACUCAACGAGCAGCUACGGAGCUCGCUCACGCCCACUGCGGUCCCGGGAGACGAAGUAUCGGAUGAGCGCGGAAGAAGAGAUUCAAUCGGUGAGUCGUCAAGGUCGAAGAGAAAGCGGGAGCACUCGAGGUCGUCAUCGUCCGCGCCGGAUAGUAGUAGUAGCAGUGGCGAGAUGUUUGUCAAUGUCAGACAUGGACAUCUGGAGGACGACACUCCAGCGCCGGAUACGGUGUUGGACGGAAUGGGAGCGCUGAGUUUGGGCGAUGAGGACGAUUAUGGGUAUUUCGGCCCUUCAUCGAAUAUUGCGCUCAUUGGCCACGUUACGCGGGCACUGUCAACAUGCGUCAGUGUAGCGGGGGCAUUCAAAAAAGAUCUUCGCCGAGCAGAAGCCUCGGAAGCGCAAUCACAACCACUAUCACCGCGGGGUUCUUCCGGUCAAGACGGCUCCACCGAGUUCGAUAUCCGGCCGGGAAACGUCAAUCCCUAUGUGAUACCCGCUGAGCAUAAAGCUCGACAUUACAUCUCACUGUACUUUGCGAACACCAACGUGCUCUACCCGUACUUGCACCAGCCGACCUUCCUCGACGAUUACGAGGCGGCACUGAAGGAUGGAUUCACGAAAGUCAGGCGGACUUGGCUCGCGCUGCUGAAUCUGGUGAUGGCAAUGGGUUCCCGUGCGAGUACGGAGGAGGAUGUGAGCACUGAGGAGAAGUACGCUGCGGCAGAAGUCUUCUACAAGAGGGGCUAUGCGCUGUGUAACGGACAUCUCCUACGGAUGACAAGUCUGGAUUCCGUACAACUGCUGCUGUUGAUGAGCCACUACCUACAGAGCACGAGAAGACCAGUUCAGUGCUGGACCACCCAUGGACUUGCCAUCCGUGUGGCGAUACAACUGGGAUUGCACAGCACGCAAGCGCUACAGCGGUUUCAGCCGUUGCAGAGGGAAUUAAGGAAGAGGGCGUGGUACGGAUUAGUCUUACUGGACCGAACUCUGUGUAUGACCUUCGGUCGCCCAUCCGCCAUCGCCCAGUACUGCGAUAAGCUUGAGCUCCCGCUCGACGUCGAAGAUGACGCCCUACGAGCUAACAUGAUAAUGACCCCGCCCGUGAAUCCCGUGCAGCCUCCGGAGUGUACGUCGAUGACCUUCUUCAUCGUCUCGAUCAAGCUGUACACGCUUCUCGGGCGGAUAAUCGACACGCUUUACGGCGGCAACCUCGGCGGCACAGACCCAUCCGAGCCCACUUUCACCGACGUUGCGCGCAUCGCCGAAAUCGAGGAGAAGCUCGCCACCUGGCGACAAUCGCUGCCGACCGUCCUGCAGACCGUCUCGGCAGCGGACAUCCCCGAGGGCGGCGGCUCGCCGUCCCAGUUCUGGCGCCAACGCAUCAUCCUCUCGCUGCGCUACUACAACACGCGCGCACUCCUCCACCGACAAUUCGCCGUCAAGGGUCUCAGCGAGAUUUGGGGCGCAGGUCCAAGCACGAACCGCUUCGAGGGCGACUUCUUCUGGAACUUUGGGCUGGCUAGCAUUAAGGCGUGCGGCGACUCUGCGAUCCAGACCGUCGAGAUCAUCCACAAAGUCAAGCACCGCAGCGACUUACUCGGCUUCUGGUGGUUCACGCUGUACUACACAUUCAACGCGUCGCUCGUCCUCGCCAGCAGGGUCUUGAUCGUAUCGCAGGUGCGGCAACUCGCACACAGAAAGGAUUUCGUGCACGAGACUGGCAGUCUCCUGAAGCACCUCGAGAUGGCGGUCGAGACGCUCGACGUCCUCGCGACGGGGAACAGGAUCGCGAACCGAUGCCGUCUCUUCCUCAAGAACCUUAUGCGCUACGUCGCGCCACUCGCCGCCUCCUCCCCACGCACGCUGCAACUAAACCCUCCGCUGCUCUUCGACCGCACCCAGAUCCCGCCGGCAACAAACCAUGAGCUGAUCCAGCACGCGCAGCACGCGGCGCAGCAACAACAGUACGGCGGCAGCGGCGAGCAGGCGCAGGGAGCACAGGGCCAGGGUGGCCAGGUAAAAUCGCCGUUCAGAACGCAGCUGGGAGAGUUCAUGCUCGAGAGCGAUUUUACGUACUUGCAUUCCAUUCUGCCACCCCUGGGAAUGGCCGAUAUGGGCAUGGACGGCUAUGAAGCGGCCUUUGGGGGAGGCGCGGGGGCGGAGAUGGGGUUUGGUGCUUAGGCGGGAGAGAGAGAGGGGGGGAUGGGAAGGGGUUGGAGGAAGAGGGAGGGCUGGGUGUAUUGUACCGGUACUUACGGUAUGGGGCGGUGUACGUUAUGUGUUGUGUGUACGUGGAUGAGAAGACACCUUCUGUGUACCUACUCUGUGGACAUGGAUUCGGAGCAAAAAGCGGACCGGGGCGGGGUCUGCGGUUUUCUUACUACCUUCGUCGUGAUGGCAUUACUCCUCACCGUGUCACUCCUUGUCGGGUCGGCUGUGAACUGUGAG